UCCAGAACAAACCCACAACUAGAACCGUUAAACCAAAGAAAAGAAAGGAAAAGAAAAAUGAACCCCCUCCCAAUGCACCGACCAAAGCCCCGACCAGCCGCGUCCUGCGCCCCAUGCAGGAACCGAAAAGUAAAAUGCGACCGCCUCUCUCCAUGCGAGGCAUGCAUUGCGCGCGGCAUCGUCAAUGAGUGCAAGUACUCGUCGACGGACGAGGACCGGGAGGCAAUUGCGCAGGCGGAAGUGAUUUCGACUCUGCGGGCGCGGGCGCGAAGGCUGCGGACGGAGCUGGCGGAGGUGGAGGCGGAGGGACAUGAGAUCAUGGAGUUGCGCGAGGGGAUGGCGUUUAAUGCGGCUCUGGGGCAAGGGCAGGGAUUGGGGACGGGGAUGGGGAUGGGGGCAAGCUCGAGCCCCGGGGCUAGGAAAGCGGAGAAUCAGGCAAUGGAGAUCCUGUAUUCGGCGAUUCGAUUGGGGUCGGAGGAUCUGGUGGGGAGGAUUGUGGGUGGUGUCAGGGAGGGCCGAGAUUUGGUGGAUGUGGUGAGGAUGGUGCAGGUUUAG